UUCGUCGUUGUUGGCCUCCUCUGUGUGAAGCGGGCUUGUUGCGAUAAUGUAUCGGACACCUGCGACAUCAAACAUUUUAAUACAGGAUCUUUAAAAGAUAAAAGAUGGACGUAGCUGAAUUGCAGGUUUCUUAUUAACAUAGUUCUAUGUGGGUUGACACUGACUGACACAGAGAUGUUGCUAGUGCUACCCUCGGAGAAACUGCCUGUUUCAGGCUAAGAUUGAAGACAUAUCUGAAACAAUUGUUAACAUCUCCCUUAAAAGUCAGCAUCUUAUUACCUUGCUGUCAAGAUUUCCCAUACAGAUUUUUCAAAUGAAAAUGGAGGAUAUGCCCCUGUCAGGCCCAGACAACACCAGGCUGGAGGCCUUGGUCCAUGACAUCUACUCUGAGCUGGUGGAUGAUGCCUGUUUGGGCCUGUGUUUUGAGGUGCAUCGUGCUGUGAAACAGGGUUAUUUUUUCUUGGAUGAAACGGACCAAGAGAGCAUGAAGGAGUUUGAAAUUGUGGAUCAGCCAGGUGUGGACAUAUUUGGCCAAGUGUACAAUCAGUGGAAAAACAAAGAGUGCGAGUGCCCAAACUGUAAAAGAUUGAUAGCAGCUUCUCGCUUCGCCCCGCAUUUGGAGAAAUGUCUCGGCAUGGGACGAAACAGCAGUCGCAUCGCAAACCGCAGGCUAGCCAGCAAUAAUAACAUGAGCAAAUCAGAGAGUGAUCAGGAAGACAACGAUGAUCUCAAUGAUAACGACUGGUCGUAUGGGGCAGAAAAAAAAGCCAAGAAGAGAAAGUCUGAUAAGAGUCAAAAUUCUCCAAGAAGAUCCAAAUCUAUAAAACAUAAAAAUGGUGACCUUGGGAGCGGCGUCAGUACAGAGCCUUACAAGUACAACUAUAAUACCGGCAUCAGUUAUGAAACUUUAGGCCCUGAUGAAGUCCGAUCCCUUUUAACAACGCAAUGUGGGGUGAUCUCCGAGCACACCAAGAAGAUGUGUACCAGGUCUCCGCGGUGUCCCCAGCACUCGGACGAACAGAGGAGGGCCGUCAGGGUGUUCCUCCUGGGCCCGUCCGCGCCGUCGCUGCCUGAUCCUGACGCUGUGGUGGAGAGCGAGAGUUUUGACAUUCCUGACGGACAGACCCUGAUGAGCCGCCUGCAGUGGGAGGACUCCCCCGAUAUCUCACCCACUGACUCCGCCUCAUCGAAAGCCAGCACCAACUAUUCAGAUUCUAAGAGGACCAAGAAGAAGAAAAGGACUUCUCUCGGUUUGAACAGUGGAGUUGUAGUAGGACUAGGAGGAGGACUAGGAGGAGGACUAGGAGGAGGACUAGGAGGAGGACUAGGAGGAGGACUAGGAGGAGGAGUGAGUCUGACUGGAGGAGGAGGAGGAGGUGGUGGUGGCAGCAGCAGCAGCUCUCAGAGUAAUAUCAGCUUAUCGUCCAAAAAAAAGAGGCCAAAACUCUCAGCCCCCUCUAUCUCCAGUAUCUAUGAUGACCUGAACUAGCAUAAGCUCUCAGAGCAUUCAGUCCUGCUGUUCUUACCUACAUUAACAGACCCACUACAGGGAAGUCAUGUGGUUUAUUGGCAAAAAAAGGAAAUACACAAUAUUUCCAUGUUUUAUCUCAAAGAAUAUUUGAGAUUUUUACUGGAAUGUUGUCUCAAAAAACAGCUGUGUGUCCACAUAGUUUUGGCUUCACAAAUCUAAGAUGUUUAUUCUCCAAAUGACACCCUCGCCACACUUCUGUGUCUAUACCUAUCAGCUACAGUACCGUUUACAAAUAAAACUGAAGGGUACAAUAUUAUAUAUAUAUUUAUACAAAACAUUGGAUCAUAUUUAAUAUAUAUAUCAUUUACUUAUUUUAUUUUCCACUGCAGGUAUUUUGACAUGAUAUAUCAGGAAAACCACAGAUCUAAUCUAAAAUAAUGAUGAUGAUAAUGAACAUAUCUAUGGUAACACAAUUAUUAAACCUAUGCUUUUCCUGCUAAGACUUAUCAAAAUAUUUGCUCUGAAAAGGCCCAUUAGACGUCUCAAAAUUGUCCCCCCUUUACAGGAAGUCGAUUGAACAUCUUUUAUUAGCUGUAGUCAGUCAGGAAUGACUUUUGUUGCCCCUACUUUUUUUGCUUAUUGUUGGCAAUUCUGUGACCUGUCCCUCUUAACUUAACCCCAAAACUUAACUCAGUCUGGAGGAGACAUAAUGACUUCGACUGCUUUUGACACAGGUGUUUUCAUCAGUGGCUUUUUAAUUCUAGCAUUGUAUUGCACAGUUGUGAGUGUGUCUGUCAGCUGACUGGCAUUCAGUUUGAACGCACUUUUUCGCCUAGUGUAUGUGUGGUAAUAGUGUGCGUGUGAUCAUUUAUAUUUUUAUAAAACUAUGCAUCCUAGAAUGUGACAUUUUUAAGAUAGUACGUGUGCCAUUUAAUAUAUUUAACUUUUUGUUUACAUCAAAAAUAUAUUUAAGUUUUUGUUUGCCUGUACAGUGGUGUGUAUUUUAUUUGUGUGCUAAUGCAGAUUUUGAUAUUUCAUGAGCCACGAGGCUCCUGGGGCACACAUGUACAGUGCGUGUAUGUAUGACACGUGAGAGGGAAAAGUCAUCAUGAAUCAAACGUAACUUUAUUUCCUUUAAAAAAAAAAAAAAAAAAAGUUUCUUGUAUAUUUUCCCUGAAUUUCUGCUUAGAGAUCAAAUUCAUUAAGUGAUGCAGUUCUGUUUGUCUUUCAGGAUCAUGAGUAAUAAGUCUGUGAGCUUAUAUCAUUUUCUAAAGUUGUAAGAUAAAUUACAUGCUUUAGAGGUCAGAUGCACUAUUUUACUAAUCUUGUACUUUUCACAGUUGAUAUUUUAAAGAAGCUUUCUUUAUUUGUGUGUCUUAUAUUUAAACCCAAAGGCUUUACAGUUUCAGAAAUAAUUGUAGUAAGGAGUGCAUAGGUGAGCAGAAGGAUGUACUUUGUUUGUAUAUGGACAUCAAUGCUGCAAAACUAAGGGACUGUACGACAAUUACUACUUUUCUCCAUAACGGACAGCUUUUCAAACCGUAAUGUGGUCCACUUUGAACGACCAUGAAUACUUUUUUCACAUUGUAUUCACUUCUUUCUCAAGAAAAGCCUUUUUCUGAAUUUGAUUAAUUUUGCCUGAUGUUUUUGCAAAGGCAGGAAACACUUUUUCUCGACCCACAACAUUUUAAUUUCAUUCCUCUCUGAUCAACUUGCUACUUGGAACAACAACUCCGUUUUUAAUAACAGGAAAGAUGAAAGUGCUGCCCGAGUCUGAUUCACUCAUUAAUGUGGCCCAAAUGAACCCCCCCCUUCCCACUUGAGUAAUUUUGGUACAGUCCCUAAAGCCAAGUACAUACAUUUUUCUCAGAUGUAAUGAACGUGACAAUCUGUCAAAGCUUGAUUUAUUUCCCGUAUGGUUACUCCUUUGGCGUCUGCUUCUGUUAUGGUCUGUGGAAACCUUUUGAAUAUUUUCCAGUAAAGUCUUGUGACGUGCACUAAAGAUAAAUGAACUGUUAUUGAGAUGCUGUGCUCGGUGUGAUUUAGAUUCUUAAGCCACUUUUUCUUGGAUGAAGCGAACAACUGAUGUUGUGCUGUGGCUCUUUGUGUAUCUGUGUUCAGUACGAGUGCAAUUACAAAGAAUGUGAUGUUGUGAGUUUCCAAAACAUUUCUUGCAAAAGCACGAAUCUGUGCAUGUGUGGAUGACUUGUACAUGAUCAUAAUGUGAUCAGUGUUGUCACUUAAAUGCAUACUGGUGUUUGUAUAUGAAUAAAAACAAAUCGAACCCC